UGUUCCGUGAGCAGCGGGCGCUCGCGCCGAUCGGGGGUUUCAGUUUCUGGCGCGAACUUCCGCCGUUCCGAAGUUACGCCGGGAAUCGGAGCGAUGUCCGGAGACAGCAGCGGCCGCCGGCCCGAGGGCCGGGGCCGGGGCCGGGGCCGGGGCCGGGGCCGGGACCCGCACCAGGAUCGCACCCGCUCGCGCUCGCGGUCCCCGCUGUCGCCGGUGUCCCGCCGCGGCGCCGCGCCCGAGCGCAGGGAGGCCGCGGAGCGCCCGAGCUUGUUGGAGGAAGAGCCGUCGGAUUCCGGGGACGAGAUGUUGGACCCGGCGAGCUUGGAGGAGGAACCCGACCACGGCCUGUGCCGCCAGAUCCGCCAUCAAUACCGGGCGCUCAUCAAUUCGGUCCAACUGUCCCGAGCAAGAGAAGCAGCCCUAGACGCCCACUUUCUUGUUUUGGCUUCAGAUUUGGGCAAAGAAAAAGCAAAGCAGCUGCGUUCUGAUCUGAACUCGUUUGAUAUGUUAAGAUAUGUUGAAACCCUACUGACACAUAUGGGUGUAAAUCCGCUAGAAGCUGAAGAACUCAUCCGUGAUGAAGAUAGUUCUGAUUUUGAAUUCAUAGUCUAUGACUCCUGGAAAAUAUCAGGCAAAACAGCAGAAAACACCUUUAAUAAAACCCAUACAUUCCACUUUCUGUUGGGUUCAAUACAAGGAGAAACCCCUGUGCCAAAGCCACGAACUGAACGUCCAAGAAAAGCUCCUGUGAUAAAAGAACGGGGGCAAAUGCCUGCCCAGUUAAAAAGAAUGGAAGAAUCUCAUCAAGAAGCAACAGAAAAAGAAGUAGAAAGAAUCUUGGGGUUGUUGCAAACAUAUUUUCGAGAAGAUCCUGAUACCCCUAUGUCUUUCUUUGACUUUGUGAUUGAUCCACAAUCUUUCCCCCGUACGGUGGAAAACAUCUUUCAUGUUUCCUUCAUUGUAAGGGAUGGUUUUGCAAGAAUAAAACUUGACCAAGACCGACUGCCGAUAAUAGAGCCCAUUAAUAUUAAUGAAGAAAGUGAGCACAUUGACCAAAACACCCAAAAUAGGAAUCAAGGAAUUAUAGCUUUGAGUUAUCGUGACUGGGAGGAGAUUGUGAAAACCUUUGAGAUCUCUGAGCCUGUGAUCACCUCAAGCCAGACCCAGCAGAGUACUUGACGUGGCUGAAGGUAAGGUUUCCUAUGGGACAGCUGCACGUUUUUAUUAAACUGGACAUUCCAGACCAUCCCACCUUGUCACAUUCUGGUGCAAUUUGGGUUUUGCCUCCCUCUAGUGCCCCAUUCUUAGAACGGUAUGUACUGGUGAGAAAGACAGAGCGGGAGCUAGUGAUUGCCACUUCCCUUCUUUGGGUUAAUUACUUUACUGUUCUUACGAUG